AUGCAUAGCUCCAAGGGGAGCAGCAGAGCCCUUGCAUGGGUUUGCCUUCUGUCAUGCCUAAGUCUCAGCGGUGUGAGCGCGACUCUGCACCAGGCUAGCUACCAGCGGCCAGUGACAGACGAUGAGCUGACCAGCCCUAUCACCAGAACGAUCGACAAGCAAUUCAGCCGCUUUGCAGAGGAGCUGUGGAGGAGAUACCUGACCAACACAAAGGUUUCUUAUGUGGAGAACAACGCAGACUGUGCAGCUAAACACCGAGCGGAGAUUGAAUCUGUCGCAAAGGGCAAGAUCUAUGUUGGAGAUCAAGAGGACGUGAGUGUUCUUUCUGAGAUUGUGGAGGAUGCCAAGCAGUUCAGUGGCUAUGACAUCAUCGUGGACGAUGGGGGUCACAAAUCCAGUCAGAUGCUGGCCAGCUUUAAGGUCUUGUGGCAAUCAUUGAAAUCAGGGGGCAUCUAUGUGGUGGAGGACAUUAGUGAGAACUACAUAGAGAAGCCCUUCCUUGCCAAAGGGACCUUUACAGACUUCAUCAAGAAUGCCAUUGAUGUUGUGCAGUGCAGGAUGAAGCCAAACUACAUGGGGCCAGACUCGCCUGUGAGGAGAGAGUUCAUGGAGUUUUGCGCUGCUAACCCAAUGGACAUCAUCAGUGUGGAGUGCAUGCCAGAGGCAUGUGUGCUGGUGAAGGGCAAGCCUCGCACGCGGGGCCUGCCCGCAGCCACGCCAGUGCCUGCAGACAAGGCACAAAUUGCUGCUCAGGAAGAGGUAGCUGCAGUUGGUGGCGCUGAGGAGGCCGCUGCUGACCUCUUCAAGCCUAAGGCAACUGCAGAGAAAGCAGCAACGGCAAAGACUGCAGUGCAGCAAAAGGGACCCCCAGCGGCAGAGGCUGCCGCUGCCUCAAAGGAGGCGGACAAUGCAGAUGAUGAGGACACUAUUGUCCUGAGCCCUGCCAAAAAAGGCAAGCCAGGUGGAAAGUCCGCAGAGCAGUUCCUGAAAGCAGAUGACUUGGAUGAUGAUGGGGACGUAGCUGCUCUGCCGAAGCCCAGUCUUUCUCAGCAGAGCGACAGACCAUCCUGGAAGAAGAACUUUGCAGCUGACGACGAGGAGGAGGAAGAGGAAGAGGAAACCUUUGUAGCUCCUACUCUAGUAAAACCCAAGGGGAAGCCUGCGGCAGCUGCUGCUUCCACCUCCAAGGCGGCACAGAGCAAGAAACCAGCGAAGGCCAGCAAAGCAGGGGACGGCGGCGCGGCGGCAAAGGCAGCCGCGAUGCGUGCUGCUUUGCCGGAAGUUGAGGAGGAAGCUGAGGAGGAUGCAUUUGAGGUGGAGGAAGCCAUUGGGGAGGAUCUAAGUGGAGAGGAUGACCAGGAUGGGCUCAUGGAGCCGGCUGCAGAAGAGGAGGCGUUUGCAGAUGCAUUCACUGAAGAAGACGAGGAGGCAAUGAGGCACCGAAAGUUCCUGUGAAUGUACUGAAAUAACUUGAUUGCAAUAAAGUUCUGGUCAAUUGUGGUUGAGGUGAAUGUGCCUGUCAAGUCAUUGGUCGAUGCAAAGACAUGAACAGGCCAGCAACAGGUAGCACAUGGCAUGGCCUGUAAAUGUUGUGACAAGCUC